CAGACGAAAAGGCCUGGGUGCCAAUCACAUCAACAGUAAAACCUGCAUAACAUGGCGACCAUAGAGAAGAGGGAGACGAGCGAUGACACUGAAAGCGCUGAUGAAGUCGAAAAACGACGAGGAAUACUGAAAAACAGAACAGAAGAUAAACACCAUUCUGGUGUGCAAUGGGAUGAAAUGAACAUACUUAUGACAUACCACCCACCUGACAAAGACUAUGGGCACAUGAAAAUCAAUGAACCACCCACACCAUACAACAGAUUUAAGGACCCAGAUGAGGAAGGUGAGGAAGGGCCUUCAGUAGAUCCUUUAUCAGAGGAUGAGAAUGAUCCCCUGGACCCUGGAAAACUCUCUAAGAAGAUGGUUAGCAUAUCAAGAAGAAAGAGUUGGGAGGAGCCUCCCCCAGAUGAUGAUGAUGAUCAUGAAGAUGAAGCAGGCAUGACUGAAGAAGAAAAAGAAAAACAUAGGGAAUUCAAAAAACACAGAAGAGAUCAUUACAAUGAAUUUUCCAAAGUAAAGCUUGCAAGAAAAUUAAUAGAGGAGGAGCUAAAAGCAUUAGAAGAUGAAGACGAAGAGAAUAAAGAAAAAGCUACAGAUAGCUCUAUGGAACAAUAGAAAUUAACAGUACCAUAUGCAACUCCCAGUGAACAAGUCCUAUACAAUAGACAAUGUUUAACUAUAUGAACAUUAGUACUUGCAAUUGUCUCCUGCUUCAAUGGAUAAGUUUCUUUCAGUUUUACUUUCUACCAACAAAUGUAUCAUUCUAUCAUUGACUUUGAUGUUUUAUAGAACAAUAGAACAUGUGAGAAAAGCUAUCUAAGUGCAGAACAAUGUGGAUGUUACCUUGUAAAGAUAACUUAAUACAUAAUUAACCAUAUUAUUCCAUACCUAACAUAAAUUUUUUCAAGUGAAAUAAACCCAAUCAAAGCCCAGUGCU